UUCUUUAGAGGAACUGCCUGUAAAGGGCUUCUUAAAAAGUUACAUCUCAAAAUGUUCUCAUGGAAUCAAACCUCAUUUUCUUGGCACCAUUUAUAGUUUGUAUUAUUAUUUUUUUUCCUGCAAAAAAGCCAUUCAAUGUAUUUAUAUUCUGUAUUGACCUCCUGAGACAGUAGUUUUCAUUGUUCCCAUGCUGGAUUCAAAUUGCCUUCCCACGCCCAAGGGAUUCAUUCACUACAAACAAUGCUUGCUUCACAUGAAAUUGCGGGAGGAAAUGUUGGAUUUUGCAGCUCUGAUAGGGGGUUCGGUCAGUGAGCUGAUAUCAGGCUGGAUUACACGCACGCCUCAUUUCCUGUGAAGCCCUUGUGUGUGUGUGGAAGAAAACUACUUUAUCAAUCGGUAAUUAUUAAAACUAUUGCCUGAAUAAAUGCCAGAUAUGAAAAACAGGGUUUGAUUUCAAAGAAAUUCUUGACAUUACAUUAAAUUUCAUUUAGCUGACACUUUUAUUCAAAGUAACUUACAAUCAUGUUAUAUUCACACACCGUAGACACAGCUACAAGCAACACUUCAGGGUUAAGUGUCUCCCCUCAAGGACAUUUAAAGUUAUAACUCUAAGUGGUAAGGAUAUGAGGGUUAGAGUUAAUUCAAUCAGCGUGAAUGACAACACUGCCCUUGUCACAUCUAAAUGAAGUCACCAACGCAGAAACAAACUAGAACGGGCACUCGGUAGAGCGCAUACCUUCGCAUAUCACAAGAUUGGGCAUUGAAUUCUGAACAUUUUGGCAUUAUUUGCAUGCCAAUUGGAUAUGAAUUGGCCGCGCUAUGGUAAAAAGAAGAUGUUGACCUUUUCAUGACCUUGACCAUGACCUUUGACCCGAUCGAUCCCAAAAUCGAAUCAAAUGGUCCCCGGAUAAUAACCAAUCAUCCCACCAAAUUUCAUGCGAUUCGGUUUAAUACUUUUUUACUUAUGCGAAUAACACGCAUACAAAUAAAUAAAUAAAUACACGGCGAUCAAAACAUAACCUUCCGCAUUUUCAAUGCGAAGGUAAUCAUGACAAUGCAAGACGAGGAUGUCACACAAAGGUGAGGGAUCGAAAUAGGACCACCAGCCGCACGAUUGGCCCCGACCUGGCAGACUGUCCAUGUGCUGGACAGAAGCCAAUCAUGUUUCCCUAAGUGUCCAGUAACGUAAGCCAGCUUCACACUGCAUAUGGUUGAGACUGCUGGAUCUGAGCCAGGAUAAACCAAAAGAGCCAAUGUGUCUUCUAAAGCGGGAUUUGCGAGAGAAAAACUGUCCAGAAAUCCCCAUCUAAUGGCAAAGCUUCAACACCAAGAAAUCAAUUGCUAAUCAAAGAGCAGCAGCAGAUGGAGGACGAAAACUCUUUGUUUAAAUUCCGCAGGGCGAGCGGAUGAUCGCGAUCGUCGCCCUGCACUCCACAAUCACAGGAACAAGUUACUCAUGUGAACACAUUUACCUCGACAAUAUAUCAUCUCACGGGUGUUGUUAACUAUUCAGGGGAACGCCAACAUGCCCUAUUCCUUAACAUGCAGACAAACACGAUUGUCUCAGUGCACCCUGAGACGGUUUCCUGUUACCAUGUGCUUCACGUUAGAAGGAUCUGAGCAUGCAUCCUGCCAGCUGUGCAAAGAGCGUAACUGAUUCUGUCAUCAAGACAUCUUGGUCUAAACUACUAGACACACAACUGCCAGACCCUGUGUGUGUUUGGGCUUUCUUAGUCAAAGAGAGAGGGGGGGGCAGCCUGCACACAGAGCCCCAGAGGAAAAAUCACAAGAUGGCUGCAGAGAAAAGUCCCAAAUAAUAAUAAAGUAUUGUAUCCAUAUAUGUUUUGGGUGUUUUAUUUGCAUUUAUACCUCAUCACAGCUGACGUUAAUGACGGCUGCUUCCCAUUGAGGUGUUCCCUGUUUUUAUUCAUUAACUGUGAUGGGUAUCACUUUACAAUGAGAGAUAACUCGAUGAGCAGUGAUGAGGGAGCGAAUGAGAAACAAAUGAGGAACUAACUGCUAUAGUUAACUAUAAGUUCAUGUUUAACGCCUAAUAAAAAUCAUUAGAAUAAGUAACACUUUGUUAAUGAUUAGUUAAUUAAGAAACAAGUGAGGAACGAAUGAAAAAACAACUUGAUAAAUGAUGAAUUUCCAAUAAUAAUACCUGAUGGAGGACUAAUGAAGGAUGUGGAUAAGUUACUAGAGAAUAGACUGGGACAUCCCAUAUUAAUGAAUCAUUAAGUAGGUACAUUAUUAGUUCUGGGACAACCUAUUUAUCAAUUGUAUGUAUCAUAAUAGUGACAGAUUCCUCUCUUUAUUGACUGUGAAUAUGCGUUUGGACCUACACACCCGUAGUUUGGUGUUUAUUCUCUGGAUGUGGUGGGGUGAGGCCAUUAAAGUCUCCCUGAGCAACACAUUAAACUAAAUACAGCCAUAUUAAUAUUUAUGUUCUCUGUCUGCUUCCCCUGCACGCACUCACUUGAGAGGCCGGGGCAUGACGUCAGAGACUCGCGAGCGCUCUCGUUUAUAUAAACACCACGAGCAAACACACCCAAAACGACUUUCUGUUUUAGAUGUUACAUUUACACACUUUUUAAAAAAGGGUUUACAAAAAUAUAAAAGAAAAAGAAGAAAAAAAUAGAAGAAAAAGAAAUAGCGCGUUGCCGUGACAACCGGUGCAACGGGGUUUGUUGUCACUAGCAACCAGACUAGCCGUUAGCUGGUACGUUAACUUGCAAGUUAGCUUAUAGCUUGAGACGCCAGAUAUCUUUGAAGUUGACGAUAAUAUAAUAUAAUAAGAUAAUAUCUAUCGCUAUAAAGUAUUUACUGCCAACACAAUGGACUCAAACUCGUUGUACUAUUCUCUGGAACUCGUUGCGGGGACCGGAAGCACUUUAAGCGUCGAGCAACGAGCCGCCCUGCAGACGUCUCUGGUGAUGCUCAAGAAAAACUACAAGUUCCAUCGGGUCUUGUUCUGGGGCAAAAUACUGGGGCUAAACAGUGAUUAUUUCAUCGCUCAGGGGAGAGGAGAAGAUGAGAUGCAGGACAAAAAGAACCUCUACAGCUUGAACUGCAUGGACUGGUCUCUGCUGCCUCCUGCCACAGACUCCAUGAUCCAAGACGUGUCCAAGGCUGCGAAGAGUCGCUUCAUCGGAGACCCCUCUUACGUGUACGAGUAUCACGAGAAGAAGCCCGAACAGGAGGAUGAAGCUGGAGAGAAUGAAGCAGCUAUCAAAGUCAUCGAGGAAAUCCGGCUGGCGGUGACGGUCCAUCUGAUCGAGGAGGAAGCGUCUGUGGUGCCUCGUGGCGCCUUCGUUAAAAGUCCUCUUGGUGUUGUCCAGAUCAACCGCAGCUUUGGGGGUCUGUCUCAAUCAGAAGCGAGGAAGCUUGACAGCUUCUUUCACUUCAGCAAAGCAAAGAAUCCGGAGAAAUCCAUCCUGGAAAUUGGGGAUUUGAACCCAGCGAUCGACUUCCUGGAUGUACUGAGCGACGACAUUCCUAAAGGAUCGUGGAGUCUUCAGUUUGAAUGUGCCAGCAGUGUGUGUGUGCUCCGCAGCCUGUUGUGGCUCGGCCUGACCUUCUACCACGUGCCGAUGACGCCGCAGCACGGAUACAUCUACAUCGGGGACGGCGCUAAGAACCUGGACCUUCCCUUCAUGCUGUGAAGAGAGACAUCUUCCACCUAUUUCCGAGCUAAGAACUCUUAACGCGUCUCUGUUGUUCGUAUUAACGCCUCAAAAUCGAUUCCAUGCCAACGUAUUCCAGGACUUUGUAGUUCCCGUCUUAAAACAAAUAAACUAAAGAGAGUACGGGCUCUUUGUUGCGUUCAGUUCUCACGUCGCUGUUCCUUUCUCUGUAAACACACGUUGAGAGGCGGAGUAAGCAGACACAUUUUAUUUGCACAUCCGAGUAUACAGUCGAUAUACCACCUACUUUGAAAUUGUUACACUGACCCAGUUGUUGCUCUCAUUAAGUUGCUGCAGAGUUCGCUUCAAGGGCUUUUUUUUUUGAAAACCCAGCAGAGAUCGACGAGAUGGCGGCGGGUCGGGCCGCGCACGCUUCGUUGCUCGGGUGACUCGGCUUGAUAAACAAAAGGUAGGAUAAAUACAGAUGGUUGAAGCUUUCAAGCCCUUUCCGAGGGCGGCGUGACAAAAGCGGAUUCACUUGAAACUGCGUCUUCGUAUAACACAAAAAAAAAAAAGAAGAAGAAAAGAUCCA